AUGAGCGCGAUCCUCUCGGCAGACGACUUGAACGAUUUCAUUUCGCCUGGAGUCGCGUGCAUCAAACCCGUUGAAUCCCUUCCUCAGAAGAAUACAAAGGACUCGGAGAAUCCUUAUGAAGUGACGACGGAAGACAAAGUCCAGCCCGAAAACCUACCCCCAGCUCAGAUUUCUUUGACAGAUUGUCUUGCCUGUUCGGGCUGUGUGACCUCGGCCGAGGCGGUUUUGAUCUCUUUGCAAUCCCACGCAGAGGUCCUCAACACUCUCGAUGCCUAUCCAGAAAUUCCAUUGGCGCAAGAGCAGCAUGGGACCACGCUCGCAGAUACAGAAAACUCAGGGGAAGGCAAGAUAUUCAUUGCCAGUGUCAGCCCGCAGGUCAGAGCUGGGUUGGCUGCCACUUAUGGUCUGUCGGAGAAGGAAGCGGGGUAUAUGAUUGACCAGUUCCUACGUGGCCCGCAGGGAUUACGCAGUGGUGGAAAGCAUGGCAGUGGCUUUACAUGGGUUGUUGACACAAAUGUCAUGCGGGAGGCCGUCUUGGUCCUCACUGCCGAUGAAGUUUCAGAGUCGAUCGCCGAGGGGGCUCCCGCAGCCGAUCAGCCUGAACUUGCUCUUCCCAAACGGCCCAUCUUGUCAUCUGCUUGCCCCGGGUGGAUCUGCUACGCGGAAAAGACGCAUCCAUUUGUCCUUCCUCAUUUGUCUCGAUUGAAGUCUCCACAGGCUCUUUCAGGCACCUUUCUCAAGUCUGUUCUGAGCAAAUCGCUCGGAGUUUCACCAUCUCGCAUCUGGCAUUUGGCGAUCAUGCCAUGUUUUGAUAAGAAGCUGGAGGCCAGCCGUGAAGAAUUGACUGAUGUGUCUUGGCAGCCUGCCAAUGCCCAGAACGGGUCUGAAGUGCACCAGCCUGUUCGAGAUGUGGAUUGUGUGAUAACGACCCGCGAGCUUCUAUCUCUUGCUGCAUCUCGGGGUCUGUUCCUGCCCAGCCUACCUCUCCGUCCACUAUCUCACAUUCACACUCCCCCAUUACCGGUGAAGGCUCUCGAUUCCUUCAUUUCGUCCAAGACAUCUUCCGCCGAUCAGUCUCUCGAAACCGGAACUUCUGGAGGCUAUCUCUACCAUGUUCUCAAGACUUUCCAAGCUCGGAACCCUGGCAGCGAAAUCUUGGCGAACCGGGGCCGUAAUGCGGAUGUUGUCGAAUAUGUCCUCAACUCACAGGACGGACAACCUAUUUUGAAAGCAGCUCGUUACUAUGGCUUCCGAAACAUUCAAAAUUUGGUCCGGAAAUUGAAGCCCGCCCGGUCAUCUCGAAUGCCGGGAGCAAAGCUUGUGCAAGCGGGACGGCGUCAACCUGUGUCUCGCAAUGCUAUGUCGGGUGGAUCGGGCCCGGAUUAUGCAUAUGUCGAGGUGAUGGCUUGCCCAGGUGGCUGCACUAAUGGUGGCGGACAGAUGCGGGUGGAGGAUGCCCGGGAGGCUGCUGGACAGACUCCAGUUGGGACACUGGAAGAUGGCGUGGCGUCCAAGCCAUCUCCUCACGAGCAACGAGCCUGGCUUGCUCGGGUGGACGAGGCAUACUUCUCUAUGGAAUCCGAUACCGAGUCUGAUUCAACCGAUGAGCCCCAUAAACUUUCGAUGAGUGAAAAAGAUGCUCGGGUCCACGAGGCCUUGCGUUGCUGGUCAGAUUACAUGGGUACACCCCUUUCAAAGCUGGUCUACACGACCUAUCGCAAAGUGGAGAGCGACGUCGGUAAAGACCAGACCUCUGCCAACGAUACCACCAAAGUGGUUGAGCUUGCUGGUAAAAUUGGUGGCGGGUGGUAG